UAUCCUGAAUUUUAGAGAAUGGAGGAGGACUUCCAAUAUCCAAGGGCCAAGGAGCCAAAUCUGGAAAACCUGACUGUGGCCCAGGAGGUCCAAAUGGACAGUGGAUGAAAAUACCAAGACCAGCAGGAGCAGCAGGGACCAACACCAAAGGUUACGGCGCAGGAGCAGGUGUUCCCAACCGAUUUGGCAUCAAACCUGGUUAUGCUAACAAUGGAUAUGGAGGCUUUGGAUAUCCCAGCGCAGGCCAACAACCAAUUUACAGACCAGAAGCCAACCUUGGAGGAGCUGGCUAUGUCAAGGGAAACGCUUACCCAGGAAAUGCAGGUCCUGGUGAACAUUCUCAAGCAGGUUAUCCAAAUGGCGAGGUUGCUGGUGUCCAGCCUAACUAUGCUAAUCUUGGCCACAGUGUUCCAACAAGCGAUGCAAAAUCAGGUGGUGGGGUGCAAGUGCCUUACAACGGCCCCCCAGCUGGGGUAGAUGGUUCAAAUCAGCCUGAGCCACAACCAGUUGGCCUCGGUCCUAAUGGAAAACAAGGCCCGGUGUACGGUGGAAUGGAGGGCUUGCCUUACGGGGGUCAGGCUGGGAUGGGGCCUGAGAAAGCCAACGCCAAGUUUGGCAUUGGUGGCUUGCAGUUCGGUGGAAACCCUCAAACAUUAAAUAAUGGCGGAGGUUAG